AUGGGAAACUCUCAUUCCUCCUUUCUUAAAAAGAUUUCCCAAGAUCUCGCCAAUGGUAUUUCCUAUGAAGCCUCGGAAUUGCCCAAAAACAAUCGAUUUUCCAAAAUGUUUGAAAAGCUAGACAAGGACAAGUCCAAUCAUCUCACCAUUGGAACGAAACGAAUGGCUCCAAUGAUUGUGAGUACUGGAAAGACUGUUUUUUGGAUUGUUAAAGAAUUUGUUGUGCCUGCUAGUGGUUCAUUGAGGCAACGAACGUUGGAUUUGAUUUUUCAAUUUUUGGAUGUUAAUGAUGAUCAAACGAUUGAUCGAGUGGAAUUUAUUUCAGGAUUGCAACGGUUGUUGAAGGAUGUCUUGUUGGAUCCAGUAUUUUCUGAAUAUCAAGUGGAAUCGAAUGAUGAUGAUGAUGACAGGAGGGAUGAAGAAGAAGCGAAUUCUCUACAAGUGCUGUUGGGAGCGAAUCCACUUGGUGAAAUUCCAAUCGUGGAUGAUGACAAGAUGAGAUUGUUGCAACAGAAUGGUCAUGAAAUUAGAGAAGCGACACAGGAUGAGAUGGAUGAUUUUAAAAGACUUUCGCAAGAACAAUACGUCGAUUCUUCGAAUAAUAUUCAUGUUGGAUGUCAUGAUCGUAUUUGUACCAAAAUUGACAAGUCACAAAUUCCAAUCGAGUUGUGUCACAUUUUUAGAUCCGUAGAGAAAGCAUCAAGUCCUGAAACAACAAAUGUAGCAACCUAUACUGACACCAUGUUUGGAAAAGAAAAGAAAUGGGUGGUUGUUGUUGAGGAUAGCACAGGAAAAGACUUACCCAACACCUCCAUUACUGUGAAAAAAGGAGAAGUAUUUAGAUUGUUCAAUAAUUAUGGUUAUUUUUGGUAUAUUGGCCAUGACAAAUUCUUUACUUUUAGAAAGGGGUUUGUUGCCAGAAAUUUCUUGAGAAUAAUUUCACAACAAGAGGCUGAUGAAUUGCUAAAAACUCAUAAGAAAUGA